UUUUACUGAAAGUAUAUGUGCUAGCUUUGGUUUAAGACGUUAUUUACAGUUAAAACAGAUCGGUUUUACCGGUGUUCGGCGUGUUUUCGAGUGUUUUUUCGAGGUUGUUAGCCGAUUAGCUCUUUAAAGAUGGCUGAUCCGUGGAAUCGAGGACAUGGUGCUGUGGAUGACAUGCUGGACGCUGAAAACAGGCUAAUGGCUGAAAAUCUGGCCAGUAAAGUCUCUAGACUUAAAUCUCUGGCGUAUGACAUUGACAAAGAUGCUGAAGAACAGAAUAGCUACUUGGAUGGCAUGGACUCUAAUUUCCUCAGCGCAACUGGCCUGCUUACUGGAAGCGUGAAGAGGUUUUCCACAAUGGUACGAUCUGGCCGAGACAACAGAAAGAUCUUGUGUUACGUGUCUGCCGGUUCGGUUGUGGCCUUCUUCCUGCUGUAUUAUCUAGUGACACGGAUCCAGAACUAAUGGCUCAUUUGCUAAGAUUUUAGAACCGGUUUCUCAGUUCUAUGAGAAUUUUUUGGAUGCUCUGUUUGAUUCUUUUAUGAGGUGAUUUCAGAAAAGUGUUCAGCAAAUGACUUCCCAUCCAUAUAAAAGAGGAACGACUGCAGUUUGAGGAUGAUUGAUCACAUUAAACUUUAUUUGAGCAAGAGCUUUGUUUACGCUAUCAGAAUUAGUCUAUUCUGUGUAUAUUUUUAUUCAUAAUCGAAAGUAACAUGCCAUGGACCAAUAGUUGCUGUUUUAUUUCAAAUUAAUUAAAAAAAUUUUUACAUUACCAUGCUUUAUAUUUUUAUCGUUGUAGAUUAUGAAAGAAAAUGUAACUAAACGAAUACUAUUUUGAUAAUUAUGUACAUUAAAAUGAUUUUAAAUGUAAA